AUUGUGAAUUUCAUAUAUCUUUCGCGUCUCUGUAUGAGUUUUUUCUUCGUGUUGCGGUGCAAACCCUAGCACUAGCACCACACAAUUUCUCUCCAAAAACAUUCCAAAGAGUCUCAAAAGCUCUUUUUAAUCUUGUCAACACUGAAGUUCAGGUUGCUGAAUCAGGGUUCUUCUUCAAGUUCUGGUAUCCCCGUCUUCCGUUCAUCUGGAAAGGAUUUAUUCAGUAUGGACGCGCAGAGAGCUCUUCUGGACGAACUCAUGGGUUCAGCGCGGAAUUUAACUGAGGAAGAAAGGAGAGGAUACAAGGAAGUCAUGUGGGAUGAUAAGGAGGUCUGCGGGUUCUAUAUGGUUCGCUUUUGCCCGCAUGAUCUUUUCGUAAAUACCCGGAGUGACCUUGGACCUUGCCCUAGGAUACAUGACCAGAAAUUGAAAGAAAGCUUUGAAAAGUCACCCAGGCAUGAUGCUUAUGUUCCCAAAUUUGAGGCUGAACUUGCUCAGUUUUGCGAGAAAUUGGUAAUGGACUUGGAUCGGCGUGUCAGGCGUGGGCGAGAGCGGCUUGCCCAAGAGGUUGAACCUGCUCCACCAACUCCAUUGUCAGCUGAGAAGUCAGAGCAGUUAUCUGUGCUGGAGGAAAAAAUAAAGAAUUUACUAGAACAGGUGGAGGCCCUUGGUGAAGCGGGUAAAGUGGACGAAGCUGAAGCACUGAUGAGAAAGGUGGAUGUGCUUAAUGCCGAGAAAACAGCCUUGAGUCAACAAACCCAGAAUGACAAGGUAUUAAUGCUUGCUCAGGAGAAAAAAAUGGCACUCUGUGAGAUAUGUGGUUCUUUUCUUGUAGCAAAUGAUGCUGCAGAGAGAGUUCAGUCUCAUGUCACAGGUAAGCAGCAUGUUGGCUAUGGUAUGGUCAGAGAUUUCAUCUCCGAGCACAAGGAAGCGAAGGAGAAAGCAAGGGAAGCAGAAAGAUUAGCUAGGGAGAAAGAGGCAGAAGAACGGAGGAAGCAGAGAGAGGAGGAUGAGAGAAGGAAGAGAAGUGACUCUAGUGAGAGGGACAGAUAUCGUGACAGAGAGCGAGACAGGGAUCGAGAUAGGUAUCGUGAACGAGACCGAGAUCGUGAAAGGUCUAGAAGAGGUGGCCGAGAUGAAGUAAGAGGAAUGGAUUGGAGGUCUAGGAAUGGAAGAGAUGGAGGCAGGGAUAGGUAUCGUGACCGAAGCAGGUCAAGAUCCCCUGUAAGGCAUGGUCACAGGAGAUCAUCUAGAAGUCCAGUGCGCCCAUAAUUAUGAUCUGUGUUAAAAGAUGUCUGAGCUUUGAGACUAAAUGAGGUAGAUCUCUUCAUGUUCGAAGCUUAUGAAUGUAUGCUUUGGUACCUCAAGUUAACUUUGUCCGUAUCGGUAAAACUUUUUUUGCUAUCUCACAGCUGUGUUGACUGUAUCAUCUCCCUUUCAUCAUUAUUAUUAGAGAAGAAAAGGGUUGAGGUAGGUAUUUUUUAUUGUUAUGACUUCUUCUUCUUCAGGUAUAAUUUAGACUUUUUUUGACUUCCACAUUUCUUUGAUAAUAGAUUCUUAUGAAAGACUGUUCAAUGCUUCUCCUAUAUUUUCAUCUUAGGUGAGCUUGCGCUACUCUGUUGUUUGUCACAUGUUUAGUAGGGCAGGAACAAAAUAUUUGCAUGUUUCACUCUACUGCUGAGAGGGCUGACGUUUAUUUUCUCAUUUUUGAGGUAACAAAUAAAUCUCAUCUCUUUCUUAAGACCAUGUGAUCGCCCAUUUCUUGUUAUCAAACCUGCAUCCAAGAAGUAUUUUGGUCUUCAAAAUCUUAUAUAUAUUACUAGAUGUCUUAUUUCCCAUGUUUUUUUUUCUUUUUUUCUUACAUUAAGAGGUAUCUAGAUCUGGCCUUUAGAAGCAUUAACAAGUUCCUCCAUCUCGUAAAAGGCAAAUUUCUGAACUUUUUCAUAGAAUAAGUUUCCACAUCUUUCUAUCAUCUCGUGUCGAAUGUAGUAUCCAGGGAUACGUGGGUAAUAUUAGCAUCAUGGUAGAACAUGCCUUGUUCUUUUCUUAGCAGAAUGGACGUUUUGUUUACGUAAAUGGAGCUCGAUACCUACUAAAAGGAGGUAUAACUUUUAUUGAGUACAGUUCUAUUUCAUAAAAGAAAUGGGAAGAAGUAUGAGAUGGUAGCAUCAUGAAAUGUGCAACUUUGUGCUAAACUCUAAAAUAGCAUGAUCUUUAAUAAUCCAUACAGUUUGCAGGAAAUGUAUUGGAUGAAUUUUUCGGUAGCCUACCAGUGGAACAAAUCUACACGGUAAGGAAUGAUCUAUGCAGGGACUUUAUUUUGCAAAGUUGAAGAUUUUUGCUGAACCAUUUGAAUGCGCCAAUAUGGUAUUUUCCGAACCAUUUAAAUUGCGUCGAUAUGGAAUAUAUUUGAAAUCAAUGCAAUGUUCAACUCCGCAGAACUUCUAAGAUAGUGAUGAACUUAACGAUAACAAUACCCCUUUUAUCAUUAGGAAUCUGAGACUGUUUUAGAAAACAUUGGCUACAGGAUCAGAGAGAU